AUGGAGAAGAAGUUAAGGAUAAAGAAGAAAGUAUGGAUGGGGAAGAAGUUUGGGAUGGAGAAGAAUCUACUAAUUAAGGAGGAUGUAGAAGAAGUUAGGGAAGGAGAAAAAGAGAAGAAUGAAGAACAACUUAGGGUAGGAGAAGAAGUUAAGGAUGGAGAACAAGUUAGGGAAGGAAAAGAAGAAGUUAAGGAUGGAGAAGUAGUUUGGGAUGGGGAAGAAGUGAAGGAAGGAGAAGAAGUUAAGGAAGAAGAAGAAGAAGUUUUGGAUGGAGCAGAAGUUAAGGGUAAAGAAGAAAGUAGGGAUGUGGAAGAAGUUUGGGAUGGAGAAGAAGUUAAGGAUGGAGAAGAAGUUUGGGAUGGAGGAGAAGUUUGGAAUGGGGGAGAAGAACCGAAGUAUGGAGAAGAAGUUAAAGAAGAAGAAGUUUAG